AUGAGUAAGAAAACGGGUACAAAAACAUGGCUAUGGUCGCUCAGGAAGGACGCGGUCAUUAGCGAACUUGAAAAAUUUCGAGUGGAAAUCGAGCCAAAGGCGACGUUGCCGGAGCUUAGAUUCUUACUAAAAGCCGAACUUAAUAAAUUACGAGCGGCGAAUGCGGGUCGCGCCGGUCGAUAUGACCAACUGUUGAUCGACCUCGACCAAUCUGAGGCCGAAUUAGACAACCUGGAAAACCUGCCUGAGGAGACAGAGGAGGAUGACCCCGAAAAUGAUGACGAGUACCUGUCAGACGAGGACCCAGAGGGCGAUAAUGCGUCACCCGAGAGGGAGAGGAUAGAACGGGAGGAACGCGAACGGUUAGCACGCGAAGCUAGGGAGAAGGCUGAGAAGGAACAAGCAGAGAAAGAGCAGGAGAGGGUAGCCCGCGAGGCCGCAGAACAAGCCGACUGGGAGCUACGCGAACGAUUACGUCAGGAAAUACGGGCGCGACUCUUGCGGGAAAAGGAGGAACAACGAGCUUUCGAACUGCAGCUCGACGCGAGGGAAGCACGAAUGAGGUACGAGGCCGAGCAGCGGAAAAAGGCGGAGCGAGAGGCCCGCAUGAACACUCACGGCAACAAUCGUGAUCGCGUUUCGAGCUUGGAGAAUGAGCGACGAGGAGGCGGAGACGGAAACCGCCGGUCAGAACGCAUGGUCGACUUCGUGAGCCCGACCAGAGUAGGCCCCUCGUUCUCAGGAACACCCAGACAUGACCAUCAACAUCUCUCGGUGCUUGGGGAUGAUUCUGUUGAACUCCGCAGGAGGGACCUUGUUCGCUAG